UUUUAGCUCAGCUACUUAAAAAUUCAACCGGUUAUAGCGUUAUCCGUUAUUUUAUAAUAUUUCAAAAAGGAAAAUCAACACCAAAAUCUUGGGCAAGCUUGUCCUACAUCAGCGAGGCCAAAAUGAGAACAACAAUGUUAUCAAUUACGUUUGCUGUUGUGUCAGUAAUUAAUUUUGAUAAGCGCGCAAAUUUUGUCGGGAAUUCGCGUAAAGGAAAUGUGAGUCAGACCGAACUCUCUGGAGGUGACGUCACGGAUAUAAAUCGCGCUUUCCAUCAUUCACCAGCCGGAGCAUCCCGUUUAAGGUCUGCUGAUAGAAUUUCGGUGAGAGUUAAACAGCAAUAACGACCGCUAUGCGACUCCAUAUCAUUUUGGUUUGUCUCGGUGUGGCCAUUCUACGCACUGCCAGCAACGCAGAAGCAAUGAGAAUCAGAAGGGAAGAAGAUAACUCGAUAUCUUCGGAAGAAAAUGACAAAGAGCGUGAUCGUGAAGAUGAUGAAGAUGAUAACGACAGAGAGCGCACGUAUUGUGUGCGCCACGCCAAUGGGAAAGUUCGGCUGUACGGCAGUUUGUGUUCCAUCCAUCUUGAACCGCACGAACAAUUCAAGAUUUUGGCUCGUGACAGUUGCGAGGACUUGAAAGUUCGUACCUCGUCUUCAGGGCCAAAACACAUUCUCGUCAAAGCGGAACACGUUGACCCUAGCCACUUUCUGUGCGGACUGAAGGAUGAACAAUAUGAAUGGUACUGCAGUCCCUGUGCAAUAGAGCGCAAUGGAGCCAUUUACAAGAGGAAAAAGGAAGGGAGAUGUCCGCAAAAGACGGCAUGUAAGCCAUUACCUGGAGGUAUGAUGCCAGGAGAUGGGAUGUCAGGCAAUGAACCUCCAUGGACCGAACCUCCAAGCCCAGACCCCCUGACCAAUAACACACCCCUUACCACUCCGAAUUUCCCAACCAAACCGAUUACCACCACAGGAACAACACCAACCUUUGGGCUCUCAUCAACCACCCGUAACGUACCUCUGACCACCCAGCAGUCACCAACUGAACCCAUGAGCCAACCACCCACUACGCAACUUUCAACUAAAGAACCACCAAGCACAACACAAUCUCGUGGAGAAACAUACUCCCCAUCCUACCGACCCUCAAGUGUCCAACCACCAUCAAGCGAGACUCCUGGUACCCCGGCUCCACCUAUGAUCACCAGCCCUUCACCCCCUGAAUCGACUCCCACUAAUCCUCCGAUAGAACCACCAUCAGUCGGACCUCCAUCACCGGAGCCCAGAACGACCGAAACCCCGAUAGUGACGGGAAAAUCCUCGCCGGGUCCUCAAUCCUCAAGUGUCCAACCACCAUCAAGCAAGCCUCCUGGUACCCCGGCUCCACCUGUGAUCACCAGCCCUUCACCCCCUGAAUCGACCCCCGCUAAUCCUCCAAUCGAACCACCAUCAGUCGGACCUCCAUCACCGGAGCCCAGAGCGACCGAAACCCCGAUAGUGACGGGAAAAUCCUCGCCGGGUCCUCAAUCCUCAAGUGUCCAACCACCAUCAAGCGAGCCUGCUGGUACCCCGGCUCCACCUGUGAUCACCAGCCCUUCACCCCCUGAAUCGACCCCCGCUAAUCCUCCGAUCGAACCACCAUCAGUCGGACCUUCAUCACCGAAGCCCGGAUCGACCGAAGCCCCGAGAGUGACGGGAACAUCCUCGCCGGGUUCUCAACCCUUCUUCCCACCCCUUCAGCAGUUCUGCAUUCCUAAGUCUCAAGGCAGAUACUUUAAUUGCCCAUGUCCGCCUGAGGAUCCACCUGUGAUUAAUUUCAGACUUCCAAACAUCCUCAGUCGAAAAUUACAAUUUGAAUAAUAGUGCUAAUAUAAUAUAAUAUACCUGUCGCUAAUUUCUGCUGUACAAUUACUUCUGUAUAAAAAUACACGUAAAAAUGAAAUAGUCAUGCGCACCGGUGACCAAAAUACAAAUAUUAAAAGGACCUUUACAAAUAAUAUGAGUACAUUAUAAGGAAGACGCAUGCGGCCCGGAAAAAAAGAACAACUUGUUAUUAAUUGGGCAAUCUGUGGGCAGUGUGCUUCUCACAUAAAAAAAUUGGAGAUCUGUGGGUCAGUUUAAAUAACCAUCAAAAUAUUAAAAUAAAAAUCUGCAAGUUUUUGGGAGCCAUGAUACGCAUCCCGUAUGCUGAUUAUUUCUCAUGGCCCCCAUCAGUGUUACGUUGAGGUUAUCUUGCAUUGUUUUGUGUUGUAUAACACGGUUGGUAAGAUGAAUUGCCCUUCACGUCAUAUGGCCUGCUUGUCAUGUAAAUGGCGAAAUCAACAAAUAAUUGCGUCGUUAUAAACAUCAUGGAGUAAAGUUCAGUAAAGAAAUAUUUGUAUCUCCAUAAAUAAAAGAACUAAGUUAAUGUUAUAUUUUUGUUGGUUGCUGUGGAAACCAGCCGAUACCUCAAAGUUAAGUCGUGAAGCGUGUACGUAGUUGUCCCUGGAUUUCACGAGUGAUGAGGAUAAUCCCUAACUUAUGUUUGUAACCUAGCUUUUUCUAAGAUUUUAGGGAAACUUUGAAAUAUUAAGCAUACUUCUGAUAUUAGGCAAACAGUUUCGCAGCUCCCGAUACAAGCCAUUCCAAAUCACACGUGCAACUUUUAAAGAAUCCUGGAGCGGAACGUAUCGCUGUAACUUUUACACCGCCGAUGACACUGUACACUAAUUCGUUAGCUGAAGAUUUCGCUUUUUGUGUCAUGGCAACUUUUUGGGAGUAUUCAGAACAAUAUCGGUACACAGAUUAAAAGUGUAGGCAAUGUGCGUGUCAUGGCCUAGCGGUUAAGAGCACCGGACUCAUGCUCUGGUGUUUCAGUGGCGUGGGUUCGAGCCCGCCGGGUGGACACUUGUGCCCUUAAGCAAGGCACUUAACCAUUAUUGCUUCGUCCUUCGGAGGGGACGUUAAGCCGUAGGUCCCGUUUGCUGUGUUGAAGAACGUACAAGAACCCAGUGACUCUUAUCGCUAAGAGAAGGGGUUUGCCCCGGCGUUUCUGGCCUCCUGUAUAAACUCCCACGCGGAGUAUUUAGGAGAAGAACCAACCCAGAACCAAUACUGAGUCUUCAGCCGUUUUCUAUAACAAACGGAUUGUACUUGUUUGAGUAUGACUAAUAAAUUAAUACUUGGCCGUAAAUUAAUAUUAAAACAAUUAUUUGAUCAAUUGAA